AUGGCAGACAAUACUGCACAAAAUACCUCUGAUGCUCUCGAGAAAAGAAAAUCAACGCCGGAUCUGCAAGAUGAACCACAAUACCCUGGCAAAGCCAAGCUCGCCUUCAUCCUAUUCGGCCUCACCCUCUCCAUGUUCCUCGUCGGUCUCGACAACACGAUCCUCUCCAGCGCGAUUCCAAAAAUUACCGAUCGAUUCCAUGCCCUAGGAGAUGUGGGCUGGUACGCCAGUGCAUACCUUCUCACCAACUGUGCCUUCCAGCUGUUCUGGGGGAAGCUGUACACCUUCUACACCGUCAAAUGGGUCUACCUCGCUGCUCUCUUCCUCUUCGAAAUCGGCUCUCUCAUCUGCGCCGUUGCUCCGUCGUCCAUGGCACUGAUCAUCGGCCGUGCCAUUGCAGGCGUCGGGGCUGGCGGCGUGACCAACGGCUCAUUCCUGCUCAUCGCGCACUCUGUCCCAGCGCCAAAACGACCAACUCUUGUCGGCCUUCUCGGUGCCAUGUACGGUCUUGCUGCCAUUGCAGGGCCACUUAUGGGCGGUGCAUUUACCGACAACGCCUCGCUGACAUGGCGAUGGUGCUUCUACAUCAAUCUCCCUCUCGGCGUUGCCCCGGCCUCGAUAAUCGUCUUCCUCAUCCCGUCGUUUGCUGGCAGCAACAGCCGCCAAUCCGGCGUCCUGAACCAGAUCAAGCAGAUGGAUGUCCCGGGGUCGCUGUGUCUUCUCCCAGGUGUCAUCUGCCUCCUCCUCGCGCUUCAAUGGGGCGGAACGAAAUACCCAUGGGACAACGGCCGCAUCAUAGCCCUACUUGUCCUCGCUGGCCUCCUGCUCAUCGGAUUCACAGCCAUCCAGUACUUCAGCGGAGACCGCGCAACCGUCCCACCCCGUGUCUUUGGGAACCGCAACGUCUGGGGUGCUGCCCUCUUCGGGUCCGGCGUCACAGCCGGCUUCUUCUUGAUGCUAUACUACAUCCCAAUAUGGUUCCAAGCCAUCAAAUCCGCCUCCCCCAUCCGCUCCGGCGUCAUGAACCUCCCCAUGGUCCUCGCCUACGUCGUCUUCUCCCUCUCCGGCGGCCUCCUCACAAGUAUAAUCGGCUACUACGUCCCCUUCGCCUACCUCACCGUGAUCCUCAUGUCAAUCGGGUCGGGUCUAUUGACCACCCUCUCCGUCUCCUCCGGAAGCCCCGAGUGGAUCGGAUUCCAGUUCCUAUUCGGGGCCGGGGUCGGACUCGGUCUGCAGACUUCAUUUGCGGCGCCGCAGUGCGCGCUCCCCAUUGAGGAUGUGGCUAUUGGCACUGCGAUUGUCAUGUUCAUGGAGAAUCUGUGCGCGGCGGUCUUUGUCUCUGUUGGGCAGAAUGUUUUUGGGAAUCAGCUUAGCAAGAAUAUUGGGAUUUAUGCGCCGGGGGUUGUUGAUGCUGGGAAGUUGAUUGAGAGCGGGGCGACGGAGGUCAAGAGUGUUGUUCUUGAGAAGGGGGAGAGUGCGUAUCGGGCUGUGCUGGUUGCGUAUAAUAAGGCGCUGACGGAGACGUUUUAUGUUGGGGUUGGCUUGUCUGUUGUUGCGGUGUUGGGGGUUGUUGCUAUGGAGUGGGUUAAUGUGAAGAAGAAGAGGGGUGUUUGA